GGCGCCGCGCCGCUCCCGACGGGGCCUCCCCCGCAGGCUGGGGCUGCCCGGGGGGCUCCGGGGCCGGCCGCCGCCGAGGCUCGCCCGCGGGGCACGGGGGCUCGCGGCUCGCAGCGUCCAGCUCUCCGCGCUCACUGGGGUCCAGGCGAGCCCCGAGUGCCUUUGGCCAAUCCAAAGCGAUUAUGCAAGACGGCGGACCAAUCAGCUCCGCCAGCUCAUGAAUAUUCAUAGGCUUGGCUGAGUCAAAGCUUUUAGGCGAGUUUGUGUAGAUCUACAGCAUCAUGCUUAGACUUUUCAAAGAGACAAACUCCAUUUUCUUAUGAAUGGAAAGUGAAAAGCCCUGUUCCGCUUAAAUUGGGUUCUUUCCUGUCCUGAGAAACACAACAGACCCCAAAAAGGCAAGCUGAAGAGCGAGCACACACACAGACCAAGCGACAAGAAAUGACCAUGACUACCAUGCCAGAGAGUCUUAAUAGCCCCGUCUCGGGGAAGGCUGUCUUUAUGGAGUUUGGGCCACCCAGCCAGCAAAUGUCUCCUUCUCCCAUGUCCCACGGACACUAUUCCAUGCACUGUUUACACUCAGCGGGCCACUCUCAGCCUGACAGCUCGUACAGCACAGCUUCGUCCUUCUCCAGACCGCUGGGCUACCCCUAUGUCAACUCGGUCAGCAGCCACUCGUCUAACCCCUACAUCAGUUCAGUGCAAUCCUACCCCAACAGCUCCAGCCUGACUCAGACCCGGUUAGAGGAGACAGGGGCCGAAGCGGAGAAAAGCACCGUGGUGGAAGGAGGGGAAGUUCGCUUUAACGGAAAAGGGAAAAAAAUCCGCAAGCCCAGGACUAUUUACUCCAGCCUGCAGUUGCAGGCUCUCAACAGGAGGUUCCAGCAGACUCAGUACCUGGCUCUGCCCGAGCGAGCCGAGCUCGCCGCCUCGCUGGGACUCACCCAGACACAGGUGAAGAUCUGGUUCCAGAACAAGCGCUCCAAAUUCAAGAAGCUGAUGAAGCAGGGAGGGGCGGCCUUGGAGAGCAGCGCCCUGGCCAACGGCAGGGCUCUGUCGGCCAGCUCGCCCCCGGUGCCCCCGGUGUGGAACACCAGCUCGUCCUCGGGUAAGGCCUCCACGGGCACCCCGGGCACCUACAUCCCCAGCUACACGUCCUGGUACCCGUCCGCCCACCAAGAAGCCAUGCAGCAACCUCAGCUGAUGUGAGCACCGCCGGGUUCCCCAGCGCACGCACUGUUGGUCCAGGAACAAAAAACAAAACCCAUUCACAAACAAAGGAAAGAAAGACAAAGGCAAAGAGAGAGGGGGGAAAAGGGAAACAAACACACCCGAGCUCUCUUCCCAGAGAGCCAUUGACUCGCUGCACUCGAGCGCGGGGCAGACAAGCACAGAUGCGAUGCGGGGCUGGUUCCCAACUGCUGACAGCUGACAGAGCAGCCGCCGGGCUCCAUUAGAUCACCCGGAGAACAGCCUGGGAGCAGAGCGGAUCCCCGACCUCGGCUUUGUGGGACAAUCACAACAAACAUGUUUGUAGGGAAAAAAAAAAAAAAAAGCUCUCCUCUGUCCUGUGUGUCUGUCUGUGUCUGAUGAAAUGUAGGUCCCCCACUCCUCCGGCCUCCUUAUAGCAAGGGGAAAACAACCCGUACUAUCGCCAGAGAUUUUUUUUCCCCCUUGACAUUUUCCUGUAAUUUUCACUAUUCAUCUGUGUAAAUUUUUUUGUUGUUGUUAAAGGGGAAGAAUGGGAUUUUAUUUAUUGACUUAAAUUACCACUAUCAGAGUGCUAGGAACAACCUGGACAGUCUGGUUCGCAGAGUGCACUGUUUCAACGCACAUUUUACUUUAAAAACAGAAACAAACACACACACACACGAACCCCAACAAAAAGAAGGAUGCGAUUUUUAACUUUUACAAUCACUUUUCUACUUUGCCGGCGCGGAGAGGUCUGGUCCGAGUGGUUGGCGUUUUUCACACAUCCGCUGUGACUUAACAAAGUCGAGUCUGGAAGCGGGAUGGCAGCGGCUCCUGCGCGCUUCCCUUCGUGUAAAGCAAAAACGAAACAGAAAACGACAAGGAAACAACAUUUCGUUCCCUGUUCUCAGCAAUUGGAAAGGGGUGGCAGGGAAAGAAGAGAGGCCAGAUGUCUCUAACGUGGCACAACGCAGCUUUAAACGAAAUCCCAAGAGGCUUUACCACGCAGAUCUCACCCUGGAGUGGACGUGCACAUAGCCAAGUGCAGGAUCGGAUCGCUGUACAUAUUUUAUUCUUAAUUAUUAUUAUUAUUAUUGUUCUGUAAACAUGUUGCACAAAUUUAGCCUUUUUUUCCGUUCCGUUUCGUGUGGCUGUAAAACCUGAUGCUUUGUGAACUGAGAUCUUAACAUUUUACUUGUGAAAUUCGGAAGAUGUGAUAAACUGAGCUCAGCUGUGUUUAGUGUCUAUAUGUCAAAGUUUAGUUUUAUAUUGAGAAUGUUAACUUAUUGCUUUGUACCCGGGGGGACGCCCCGCCACUCUUUGUACAUAAGUUCGAAAGUUUCUUUGAGACAGUAAAAUUAUGGUUUGGAACAA